GGGACUGAAUGAAAGCAGCUGAGGAAAGCUUUCAAUGCAAAGAGGGCUCGAGGAGGAGAGGAUGAAGAGAAGAAAACACGGAGGAAGAGAAUAGAACAGCGAUGUCUGAGGCGGACAGUCAAUCUGGAAGUAUAUCUCUGAUCCAGUCCAUGCUGCUCAGACUGAGCCCUGCAGAAGACACGGAUCAACUUCCUAACAUACACACUAACACGUACCGUAACACACCCCAACACCCCAGAACCUCAGUGGAAACAGACAGGGGAUUCUAUGUGACCCAUCAGGACCACAAUAAUGCAGAGGUCAUAGUCAAAGGGAAGCUUGCUUCAGGGAUUGAGGAUGAUGAUGAUGAUGAUGAUAAUGAUCCACAAUUGGAAGUUCUGACUGAGAGGGACAACGGUCUGGAAUCAUCAGACAGGGAUUCAGAUGAGAGAGAAGAGGGGAAUUCCGGCAUUCUGUUUUUGAAUGCAGGAUCGAAAAAACUGGUCGAAGAGGAAACCAGCGAAUCCCCUGCUGUGAUUCCCAGAUGGGAGAGAAGGCAGUUGCUACCCUGUCCCCCUGGCCUGGAUGCCAGACCCCCGCCUCCCCCCGUUCCCCCCAAGAGGAGGGCUAAACCACCGCUACACCCUACAGGGCCACCGCCACCGCCCCCUCCACCAGCCCUCGACCCUAGCCAGAGUGCCCCUGUGUGGGGGAGAGUGGUAGGCGAGGGCCCAGGCUGUGAGCUGAGGCCUACAGGGCAUGGGAGAGGGCCUGGAGGCCAGGAGGAGGAUAUGCUGUCAUCCUCAGGGGAUAGGCUGUCUAUGUACUCAGCUGUCAUCCUUAAGUCAGAACACCGAUUCUCACAGCCCCUUCUGGAUCCUACUCUGGACUCUACAGCACAGAGGGGUGGGGGGGUGCAGCAGUUAGAGACGACUGUGUCCGUGGCAACACAGGACCCUUCCCAGCUGAGGGGGAAGGAUAUAGGGCGCCCCCCUAAAGCCUCUGAGCCGGUGGGGAUGGGGGUAAUGGGGGUACCCAAACCGUUGGAAUCGAUCGCACCCAAGCCGCUUAUACCCCAACCUCCACACAGAAACAGAUCUCUGCCCCAGGGACCUGAGAGGAGAGCCCAGGACAGCACAGAUGGAAGUGCCUCUUCUGGGUCUGAAACGAGAGACAUCCCCCCAGACCUCCAGUCUAUACCUCCAGAGACAGAGGGAGUCAGAGAACCACCAGAGCCUAGCGAACACAUCGCAGAUGGGAGCGAGAGCUCCAGAACCCCUGCCGAGUUUCGGUGUAACACGGAGGAGGGAGGUUUGUUGGAAGGGGGGAGGAAUUUAGAAGGCACACAUGAAGUUGUGGUUCAGGACGCUGCAACAUGGGGUGGUGGGGGUGUGCUUGGGUCGAAACACCCGAAUAUUAAGACAAUGAAGGGAGGAAAGGUGAAGAAAUUUGCCAAGAAGAUGAUUAGCAGAUGGAAGCAGAGUCGAGAGGAGAAGAGAGGGAAUGGAGAGAUUCAGGAGGACGACGGAGAAAAAGAGGUGGAGAGCGAAAUGCCAUUGGUGAACCUCCGUCAAGAUCGACAUUCAGUCAGGUUGCAUACUAAAAUGUCCGUCAUAGAGGAAGAGGAGGACGAAGAGGAGAAGAGGAGUAGUGAGGCUGCUCCACCAAUGAUGGAGCCGCCCAGCCAAGCUGAGACGGAGAGGAAGCCUGUGGGACAGCGUGCACGUUUUCAGAGCUCCUUCAGCUCUUUCAAGUUCAACUUCAGUCCCAUCAGCUUGGUGGACGAGAUUCUAACAGGAGAGGAGUGGUCACCAUUCCUGUCCAUUAAGAACAGUCCCGCCCCCUCACCGUCCGUUUACCAAUCAGAGGCUGCUUGCCAACACGGUGGUGAUGAAGGCGACCAAUUAAAGACUGAACCAGAGUCGCGCCUCCCCAACGACGUUCAACAUAACCACGAGGACAUAGGCCAUUCUUUAUAUGAGGAUGUUCACUUCAGCCAAACAAGUCCGAAGGAGAUUGUGGACAACCAAUCGGACAACAGACAACAGGAAGUAGACAACAACAAUGACACUGGAACUGAUGCCAUUUCUGUCAUCAAACCGAAGAUACUAUUGGACAAUGAUGCAGCGGAGGAGAGUGAGUUGGACCACUCCAGACCCAUAUCUAAGGACAUCCAUGACUCUAAGUCCCCCAUAAGGAACCAAUCGAAGGACCAUCUUGACUUCUCCUGUGUUAAGUCCCUUGGAGUUCUGGACAGUUCUGCUCAGAAACAUAAAAUUCGUCUGAGCAAAAAGAGAAAGCACAGACUUCCGGGGCUAAAGACGAGAAGUAAGAUUGAAUGACUGGAAAACGAGAUGAAAGAAUCAGUGGAAAUAGACGGCUGGAAAGGAGUCGGACAAAAGCUGAGACGCUGAAAUAUAAAACAUGUCUGCUGUUCUCUCUUUCUUUCCUGAAACAGAGACCUUCAAAUUCCUCAAACCCUCUCCUCCUCCCACCCUCUCUCCCACAUCACCCCCUUCUUCCUCCUCUUCCUGCUCCUCUCCCUCCUAUGUCUUUCCGUCCUCUGUUUUCUACAACAUCCCUCCGUCUGCUGAAGAACAGGACCCUGUGACAACACCGACACAGGACAACCUCUCUGUUGAGGUCAGAGUUCAUUUGACCCCGUAACCCUUGGCAACAUUUUCAAACACUGUACAUUAACAUGUGUCUCUGAAGUGUGUUGUACUAUAGGAAUAGGGUGUAAUUUCAUACAGACUGUAGCUUAUUACUGAAUGAAAUAAUGUAUAUUAGCAUCACUAGCCAGGUUUCCAUCCAACCUUGUUAUGCAAGUAAAGUACAAAAAUGUCAGGACAUGCCUGAUGGAAACUGAUGUCGACAAAACAUGUCGACAAAACAAAAUACGCUAGGUAAGGUGGGAUGUUUUUGUGUCUGUAAAAUGAAUAA